AUGCCGAAAAAUCACAAAUCUUCAAAAACUGUAACGAUUGAUCCUGCGGAUCCGAUAUCAAUUCGAUCACCAGAGUCCUCUCCUGAAGCAGUGCCGGCGGUGGCGAGAACCCGCUCUAGUAAUGUUGAAUUCGUGCCUGCGAAAACGCACGAUAUGGUUAGAUCGCUCUUCGACCCGACUCUGAAGAAAUCGUUUCUCGAAAUAUUGAUUAGUUUUGCCAUUGUAUCCAAUGUGGUGCUGUGCUGUUAUAUGGUGCCCAGGAUUGGCCCCGUGCGCACCAAAAGGUUCUUUCUAUGGCAGUACGUUUUCUGGCGCUUGUGCUACAACGUCGGGAUAGGUGUGAUUUUGCAUUACCAAUCGAAAUACGAGUCCUUGACUAACUAUGCCAAGGCGCAUGCACUCUUUAGCAAAAAGAGCCGUCAUUUUCUCGCCCGUUUUUGUCGGUUCGAAAUUGAGUCGAAAAUGCCCUCGUCGUACCGCGUGGAAGCGUACCCAGAAGAGUUUAAUGCAUGGUUGUUGUUCCGCCAAUUCGUCGAUCUCAUUUUGAUGCAGGAUUUUACGACCUAUGUCUUGUUUGUACUCCUUUCUAUCCCCAAAACUGUAUCAUCCAGUAGGACUGUCAGUGUCGCUCUAGGUGUGGCCAUGAUACUUCUUAAUGUGUGGGUCAAAAUCGAUGCUCAUCGGGUCGUUAAGGAUUAUGCGUGGUACUGGGGAGACUUUUUCUACUUCCAAGAUUCAAAGCUCGUCUUCGAUGGUGUGUUCAACAUCUCACCUCACCCGAUGUAUUCUAUCGGAUACAUGGGCUACUAUGGAUUGAGCUUGAUAUCUGGUGACUACAGAGUCUUGCUGGUGUCUAUUGGCGGUCACUUACUGCAAUUUCUAUUUCUGAAAUACUGUGAAACGCCCCACAUCGAAAAGAUCUACGGUUCGGAUGCGGUUGAAUCGGACAAUGCACAAAUUGACGAGCGUCUUGUUAAGGAAAAUCGCAAUUAUUCAAGGCCCUUAAUUUCGAAAGGCUUGUGGUUGACUAACUUCGACAAAUUAAGGUUAACCGACUACUUCACCGUUGUUAGCGUUGUGGCCACAGCCGCUUUGACGAUUGUGACCCAGCCCUCUGCCAAAGCACUUUUUUUGGCCACCUUGGUCACAAAGGUGAUCACCUCCACAGUUGUUUCCUGGAUCUUGCACAAACAAUCCACCUCCAAAUGGUUCACAAGACUGUUUUUGAAAAACGGUUACACUCAGGUGCAUUCUUUUUAUCAGUGGCAAUUCAUUUACAACUACUCGCUGACAAUAACGUAUACCCUGUUGAUAUUGCAAACAUGCUUCCAGUUCAAGUCCUUGACUGAAAGAAACUAUACGCAGAUUAUAUUUGGGCUGUUGCUGUGCUUUUUGCAAAAAUGGUGCGAUGACGAGGUGUUGACGGCCAUAUCAGAGUUCGGAUGGUUCUAUGGUGAUUUCUUUUUGACGAAUUACAUCAAUUUGAGAAAACUGAACUCUCAAGGAAUCUAUCGUUAUUUGAGCAACCCUGAAAGAUUCCUGGGUGUUGCAGGAUGCUGGGGUACCGUCCUCAUCACCGACUUUUCGCUCUAUAAUAUGAUCUUAGCUGGGGUUUGGACACUUGCUAGCUUCGCUCUAAUCAAGCUGGUGGAGGAACCGCAUGUUAACAAGGUCUAUGGUGCGAGUGAUCGCCAGAGUGGUGUUGCCUCUACCUUGAUGGGCUUUAAGCCAAUUAGACGGUUUUCAGAAAUCGUGGAUAAAAUGGAGGCCAGAUUGGUUGAGCAUUUGACUUCAACUGAUUCUGUCUUUGAAGACGACGAAACGCCUAGGAGUAGCGAACCGCAGUGGAACGAAAUGUUGCAAAAGGCUCUGGAGAGCGCAACCGCAAACUUAGCACCCAAUUGCGAGUUUAAAGUUGGAGACGGUAAGAGUGAUACUAUCACUGUCCCAUCGCCGAUCGAUGUGCACUGGCAAUUGCCUGCUAAGCUGCAUCAUAAUGAUGACUGGAUUGGCUUGUACAAGGUCUUAGAUACUGGAAAUGAUCGCCGCAAGACAAAGGUGUCUUCAAAUGGCCGCUGGACUGGUACGAUCCCGUCGUCGUCACCAUAUGGUAGCCGCUCAAAGAAUUCAAUUGUUACAUUUGAGCGAUCCGGAGAUAUCAUGAUUGGAACUGCCAGGUUUGAUCAUCAUUUGAUGUUUUUUGAGGAAGGAAUCUUUGAGCUGAGAUACCACAGCAGAAAUACCCAUAAAGUUUUGAUGAUUUCACAGCCAUUUAGAUUAUCUUUGCCCAAUAUCAACUGUCAAUCCCCAGAUGCUAUGAUUGAUGAUUUAACGAAUUUUUUAAUGGCCUGCCAUGCCUAUGAAAAUGGGAGAUACGUUACCAGCAAGAACAAAUACUUAUCGGAAAAAUGCUUCAAGAGCAUCGUUAAACAGACUACGGGUGUCGACUUGUCCGUGGAAUUUUUGCGGAGAAUCAACUACGAUAUCAAGGUUAUCUCACAUAGAGUACUAGAAAUUAAAGCAGUACUGGAAAAUUUGGAUUGA